GCGUUUUUAAGCAGUGUCGACUUCGUUCUCUAAUUCGUCAUUUUGUGGUUAAAAUUAAUUCUGCAAUACUUAGUUUGAUAUUGUGUAAAUCGAAAGGAAAUUCAUAUUGUUUUAUUGAUGCAAGCGCAACAAAUGAACUGUGGAAUAUCAAAUUAAAAAAAUAUUGUGUCCGUUUACAUAAAUCGCAAAUAGUCUGGAUAUUUUUUACAAGUCCUGCACUUGCCUUGUCUUCGUUGUUAGUCGUAAAAUCGCAGUACCAAUCAAAAUUCACGAACAGACGCAGCAGCAGGAAUGUAUCUAGUGACAACAUCAGGAAAGUGACAGAGGUCCGGUCCAAUAAGACUUUUGCUCGGAUAUCUUAAAUAUGUUUUUUGAAAAGGGAUUACAAAAAUUGCCUUAGUAAAUGCAAUUGCCCGAAAAUAAUUAAUGUAAUACGUGAUUAUUGUCCUCAACCGAAAAAUAUAUAGAUAUGAGGAGUGCACUGCAUCGUCCCAAUCUGUUCUAAGCUUAAAGAAAAAAAAAUCCGUCAUUGCCCAAGAAUAAUUAUUGCUUAUUAUGUGUCAACUUGAGCAGUUUUUCAGCUGAAAAGGUCUGUCUAAAAUUUUGCACAAAAAAUACAUUACACAUUUAAAGGCUUCACAGAAGUCGAGAGGGGUGUGCCGACUUCAGACAAUUUGCAGCAGCAGCAGAAGCAGCAAAAAUCAACAACAGUUGAAGUAACCACGAUUUUUUAUAUUGGCCACAUUUAUUUGCAUCAAACACCCCCGCUGCUUUCCCCCUUCAUUGGUGGAUUGCUCUACUCGGCAUAUAUCUGCUACAUACUAUUCCAAUAUAUCUCCUGUUAACUUACCAUACUGAGAAUACCACACUCACCAUCACCAUAAGUCGCCGCCGCAGCAGUAGCAGUACAUUUUGUAUGGUAGUGUUGUUGUUUUCUUCUAAGUGUGUAUGUAUGUCGUGUAUGCGCCGAAUUGUAAUGGUAUAGAUCCCAGCGUAGCGUAAGAAUAAGUGAAAAUUGUCAAAAAGAUACCUGUUGUUGGUGCGCUAUAAAGGCGUUACCCAUAUUUUGCAAAGUUUUUCCUUUGGCUUUCCAAAGGCAUUUGUCAUAUUGAAAGAUAAUAGAAGAAGAGUGAACGAGCUAACAAUUUUAUUAGCUAUUGGAUACUGGAUAUAAAUCGUCUUAAGAAAAAGAAAACAUAAUGGCAGAGGCAGCAGGUGGUUCCAACCAACAACAACAGCAACCUAAUAACAACGGCAGUGGUUCGGCGGCAGCAGCAGCAACACAUACUGAUAAUCCCAAUGCAGAAAUAAUUCGUGGACAGAUUUUUGAAGUUGGUCCACGCUAUCGCAAUUUGGCCUAUAUCGGCGAAGGUGCUUAUGGCAUGGUAGUAUCCGCAUAUGACACAAGAACGAAUACAAAGGUGGCAAUUAAGAAAAUAUCACCGUUCGAACAUCAAACAUAUUGUCAACGCACAUUGCGCGAAAUCAAAAUUUUAACACGCUUCAAACAUGAAAAUAUAAUCGACAUUCGUGAUAUUUUAAGAGUGGACAGUAUAGAGCAAAUGCGUGAUGUAUAUAUUGUACAGUGUUUAAUGGAGACUGAUCUAUAUAAAUUACUUAAAACUCAGAGGCUAAGCAACGAUCACAUUUGCUAUUUUAUGUAUCAAAUUCUGCGUGGUCUAAAGUACAUACACUCUGCUAAUGUAUUACAUAGGGAUUUGAAACCAAGUAAUCUACUUUUGAAUACAACGUGCGACCUGAAGAUAUGCGAUUUUGGUUUAGCUCGGGUUGCCGACCCAGAACAUGAUCACACUGGUUUCCUCACCGAGUAUGUUGCAACUCGUUGGUACCGAGCACCGGAAAUAAUGCUCAACUCCAAGGGAUAUACCAAAUCAAUAGAUAUUUGGUCUGUUGGAUGUAUUUUAGCAGAAAUGCUUAGCAAUCGACCUAUUUUUCCAGGCAAACAUUACCUGGAUCAAUUGAAUCAUAUAUUAGGUGUUCUUGGCUCUCCUUCUAAAGAGGAUCUUGAAUGCAUCAUUAACGAAAAGGCGCGGAACUAUUUGGAGUCACUACCAUUUAAACCGAAAGUGCCGUGGCCUCGAUUAUUCCCUAAUGCCGAUGAAUGGGCUUUAGACCUUUUAGGCAAAAUGUUAACGUUCAAUCCUCACAAUAGAAUAUCAGUGGAAGAAGCAUUAGCGAACCCCUAUUUGGAACAGUAUUAUGAUCCAGGAGAUGAGCCUGUUGCAGAAGUACCUUUUCGCAUUGGAAUGGAACUCGAUGAUCUUCCAAGAGAAACCCUAAAGAAACUUAUAUUCGAAGAAACGUUAAAAUUUAAGGAGCGCCAACCUGAUCCCUAAACUGUUACAUGUUCGAAAAAGUGAUUCUGUAUGUGAAAAUAAUACAAUGAAAACGGCCAUUUGGGAUGAAUUGGAAAACAUUAAACAUUGAAGAAAUCAACAGCAGCAAAAUAGAGAAAGAGGAAAUAAGAAAACAAAUAACAACAACGUAACCUGCAUUUUUAAUUAUUUAUAUAUGUUUUAGUAAUUAUAGUUUACAGAACAUAAUCACCAUUACUAGUUCUACAUGUAUUAUUGUCGUUAAUGUUUGAUUCGGCAUUCGAUUUGGCCCCUCCCCGCAAUACACAAGACAAACGAAUGAAACAACAACAGAAUACUUGUCUGUUGAUAAUGCUACCGAUGAUGUUUCUACAAGAAUGUGCUUCACUAUCAUUGUGAUCUUAAACAUACAUACAAAUACACACGCCCAACAAAAACCACAUACAUAUAUUAAAUAUAUAAAAAGAAAAGAAAAAAAAAACAAAACUUACAAACAUAUAUACAUAUAUUAAUUGUACUUUCUUUCCAUCAUCGUAUUCAACAUUUUCGUAUUUCCGAUAGUUCUUUUUAAUUAUGAUACUAUUAUUAUUAUUAUUAUUUCUAUUAAACGUUUUAACUAACAAGUAAGAUACAAAUCGAAAAAAAAAAACAAACAAGUAUUUCUUCCUUUAUUUUAUCUCGGGUUAAAACAUGUUCAAUAAUUCUGUGAGUGUAGUUAAAUUAAAUAUGAAAAUCUUAUUAAUUACUAUUAUUAUUAUUAUUGUCUUCAUAACAAAGUGGAAACGCAAAAACAAAGUAAUUUAAAAAAAAAAAAUAAAAAUGCACACAUUUGUAUUUUUAGCAUUUUAAAAAUUGAAGCUAAAUAUAAUUACAAAAUAAUAAUGCUACAAAAGUAUGCAAAAUUCCGUUUUUAAUGUCUUGAACGAAAGAACACACAUACAUAAAAUAUAGAAGAAUCUUACUAUACAAUCAUACUCAAAAACACACACGCAGACACACACGUAUUCAGCAAGGAAAUAAACAUCUAACAAAUCUUUAAUUAAUUUCUGCAUAUUGUUCGAUGAUUAUUAUGCUCUUAGUAUUGUACAAUUAAAGAAAACCGAUCAUGAACGUUAGAUAAAAUAUAUUAAACAUGUUUAUGUGGUAUAUAUGUAUUUACAUAUGGAUGUCUCUGUUUUCAAGAGACCCCAAGAGUAGUCGCUCAUCUGCCCAGGCUAAUUAGACAAUGUAAAUAUCUACGCAAAGUCAAAUGCUGUGGAUGAUCGAUCCAAUCAUGAGUUCCAUUGGAUGACAAUUGAACGUAGAUAGACAGACGGCGGAUGCGACGAAAUAAAGUUUACUAAACCGACCGAUCACCGCUUGACUGUGUCAAGUAUAUAGAUAUCGCACAGUUGUCCCUUUCUCAAAAGAUAAAUUAAUAAUUCAAUAUAUUAGAUGAUUGUAUUUCGUAUCAAACUGUUUUUAAUAUUCAUAUUUCGUGAGUAAAUAAGAAAAUCUAGUUUAUUAUAAACGGCUUUAUCUUUCUGUGUGUUUCGGUAAUAUAUGUCCUUUUUAUUUGUAUUUAUUGUGUUUGUAUCGUUUUUUUUUCUUUUUCUGGAAAUACUACAUGGAAACAUUUAACAAAUAUGUCAAAUUAACAUCACAUGUAUGUUGAACUGAACUAAUUACAAUAUGGAUUUCGUUCAAAUAAGACUAUAGUUUGGUAAAACAAUUCAUUACUGAUUAAUAAAUCGAUCUCAAACUAA